AUGAACCUAUUCCAGCUAGAGGACCAGCUGCCCUGCCAGGGGGCCAUGGUGACUCUUCAAUACCUGGGGGAACAUCUGUCGAAGAAGAGAGAGACAUCAUCAACCCACCACCCGGAUGACUUUUUGCUGAGUGACCAGGGCUCGCGAGAGCCGCCCGAGAUCUCGCGGCACAGCGGGUUCCCGCCAACACCGGGACCCGGGCCGGGGCGCCGCGAGGGGGCGCCACGAUGCGAGCCGGCUUUGCUCAUGGCGUCCCGAGGCGGCCUCCGCAGGGGCCGUGGAGGCACCCGCCUGAGCCUCCACCUCCUGGCCUGGCUUCAGCUCCUUCAGCCCCUGCUCGGUGAGCCAUACCGACCCGAGGAGGCUUCCAGAGUGACCCCGGCAAGCCCAGAGGCCCGGACGCCUCCCAUGCGCCUGCAAUUCCCGAAGAUUCCAGAAACCUCUGUGGCUCCAGGGCCUCCAGGAUCCCGGAUCUGCGCCGGCCUGCUGGGGCGGGCGCGGGGGCGCGCGGGGAGGGUCCGACCCCGGCCUAGCGGAUUGGAGGGGGCCGGACAACCCGCCUCCGCCCCGGCCGCGGGGCGGGGGCGGCGGGGGGGCAGUGGCUUCACUUCCAGUCCCCUCUCUUUACUGAGCCCACCAGCCUGCGGCCAUCGGAUUUCCAGGAUCACCGGCGGGUUACCGGCCCCAGAAAAGAAGUGGCCCUGGCAGGUGAGCCUGCAGACCGGCCAAGGACACAUGUGCGGAGGCUCCCUGAUCGGCAGGCGCUGGGUGCUCACGGCCGCCCACUGCAUCUAUGGCGCCGACCUGGACUACAGGGUGAAGCUGGGAGACGCUUACUUUGUGGCUGAUUCCAAAACGGCACCGGUGAUCCCGGUUCAAGACAUCAUUUUUCCCAGCGAUUUUGAUGCCACCACGUUGGUAAACGACGUUGCCGUUGUUCUGCUCGCCUACUCUGCGAAUUACUCCUCACAUAUCCAGCCUGUGUGCCUCCCCAAAAAGUUUUUCAAAGUGAAAGCUGGGACAGAGUGCUGGGUGACCGGAUGGGGGAAAACAGUAGAGAAUGGAUCAGGGACAGCUUUUCUUCAGGAAGCUGAGCUAAGAAUUAUUCGCCAUGAGAAAUGUAGAGAGGUACUCAAGAAGAUGGGACACGAGAGUGAGACAGUCAAGGAGGGGACCAUCUGUGGCUACAGUGACCAAGGGAAGGAUGCCUGUCAGGGAGAUUCUGGGGGACCCCUGGUCUGUGAAUUAAAUGGCGUAUGGGUCCAGGUGGGGAUUGUGAGCUGGGGCAUUGGCUGCGGUCGCAAAGGAUAUCCUGGAGUUUACACGGAAGUUAGUUUCUACAAGCAAUGGAUUGUUGAUCAACUGAAACAAGCUUCCUGUCUGGAUUCAGCAAACUUUCUCACUCUAUUCCUGUGUCUGGUGAUGCCCCUGGGCAUCCUGGUGACCCCGUGA